AUGACUGAUAUGGAGAAGAUGUGCUUCAGCAAGGCCUCUAUUGAUUAUAUAACAGAUUUGAUAAAAGAUGACAUCGCACCUGCUACCAACAGAAACCAUGCAAUCUCUGCGAGAGACCAAGUAAUGAUUGCUCUGCGAUUUUACGCAACAGGAUCAAUGCUGCUCGUUACUGGCCACACUCACAGCGUGAGCAAGGCUUCAGUAAGUCGCAUAGUGGCUCGUGUUUUGGAGGCACUGUGCAGAAGAAAGGAUGAUUUCAUAAAAUUCCCAACUAUACCUAAUGCCAAAGGAGAAGUGAGAAGAGGUUUUUACAAGAUUGGAAGAAUGCCUGGUGUAAUCAGAUGCAUCAACAGCACACAGUUAAAAAUCCAGGCUCCAUCUGAAAAUGAAGCUAACUUUGUCAACAGGAAAGGCUUCCACAGCUUUAACAUUCAAGCUGUGUGUGAUCACAAAGGCCCCAUUGGAAAUGAACCAGACUUUGCCAACAAGGAUUUGGAUUUGGUAGACCUGUUAGCCAUUGAGGUCACAGAUGGCAAGGAAACAUUCUUUCCCUAA